CCCGUGGACCUGCCACUAGCCCAUAGCCCCUCAGCCCUGUCCCACACCCCAGAACCCUUGUCAGACACCCCAGACACCACCCCCUACUUCCCCCUCUCCCCCUUUCCACUCAACCACCAGGAUGAGGAAGAGGAGGAGGAUGAAGAGGAGCUGUCGGCCCCUUCGUCCCCCACCCCAGCCGUGGCUCUCUUCCCGGGGGGUCUUCCGGAGGUGUGUAGCCCCUCUCCGGAGAGCUCUCCUCCGGUCACCCCGACAUCGGCCCCUCUCCCCGGGUUCGGGGCCCUGGAGCUGGCCCUGUCCUCCGGGCAGCAGGGUGCCACCUGUAGUGAUGAGCUAGACCUCCAGCUCUUCCAUAAGGACGGGGGGAGUCUGUCAGGGUCUCUGCCCGGGGGGGGGGGUGUUUCUAGGGGAGCGGCCGGGCUCAAGUUCCCCUGCCUGGUUUGUGGGAAGAGGUUCCGCUUCCAGAGUAUCCUGUCGCUCCACGCCCGUGCUCACAGUCUGGACCGGGACCGCCGUGCCUCAGCUCUGUACCGCAACACUGGCAUCACGACCGGGAGCAUCAUCGGGACGGGGUCCACGGCGCAUCUCAAAGCCCACCAGAACCACAACGACGUGGGGCAGAACCACCACAGCCACCGCCAGAGCCCCCUGCUGUCUGUAUCUCUAACCCAGGGACUGAGAGGGGAGGAUGGGGAUGCCCUAGAGGAGGCUCUGCAGAUGGAUCACCAGACCCUCCAGCCGUUCCUGAUGGAUGACAGCACACCGCUGAGCCCUCCGCUGACUGAGGAGGUGCCCCUCUCCCUCACCUCCCCCUACUCCUCUUCCUGCGGCCUGGGUGGCGCGGGUCCUGUCAUCUUAGAAGAAGCCGCCCUGGCCACAGCGACAGCGCCCGCGUUCCGCUGCCAUGCCUGCAAAGGUAAAUUCCGCACGGCCUCGGAGCUGUCUCGUCAUGUCCGCAUCCUCCACAACCCGUACAAGUGCACCCUGUGCUCCUUCUCCGCCAGCCAGGAAGAACGCCUGGCCGCGCACCUCCACGACAGCCACCCCUCCCUGUCCCUCUCCCCCCCGGUGGAGCUCCCCGCCCUGCCCACCUACACCCCCAGACACCCCCCCAUCGUAGCCACCACCACCAUCAUCAUCCCCACCCCCAUCCCAGAUACUCCCGUUCCCACCACCACCACCACCAUCACCCCCAACCCGACCCCCACCCUGGCCCCAGGGGCUCCGCCUCUGCCGGCCUUCCGCUGUGAGACGUGCGGCCAGCGCUUCACCCAGUCCUGGUUCCUGAAGGGCCACAUGAGGAAGCACAAGGAUUCUCUGGACCACAAAUGUCAGGUGUGCGGCCGCGGCUUCAAGGAGCCCUGGUUCCUCAAGAACCACAUGAAGGUAGGUAACCUAGUGUGUGUGUGUGUGUGUGUGUUGUGUGUGUGUCUCAGAAUAUGCUGAAAUAUGCUAUAAUAGCAGGUGUCAAACGAUUGAAGACUUUCUGUAUUUAUUUUACAAGUGACCUUAUGACCUCUAUUACAGGUGCACCUCAACAAGCUGGGCCUGAAGGCAGGUCUGGGGGGGCUGGUGGCUCCUGCGGCCGGGGCUGAACAAAGAGGCCCCAAAGGCUCGGUCACCAGCCAGGGCCUCAACGCUCUCUACUCCAGCCUCUUGCUGGCUCGUGGUGGAGGGGUAAGAGGGGGACGAGCAAGGGCCGACCGGGACGGCGCCGGUGUCUCUAGUAAAUCGGCCAUCUUGGGCUACCUGGGGUUGCCCAGUGACGGUGGCGGCGGCGCCAGCUGCAUGGAACGCCUGCAGGCCGUGGCUCAGGUGGCGGAGAUGGGGAACGGGAGCGGAGGAGGAGGGGGAGGAGGAAACGGAGGAGGAAGAGGAGGAGGAGGAGAGACAGUGGCAGAUGGAGGGGACCAGAUAGCCAUGUGGCAGCUGGUCGCUCGUAGCCUAGUAGCAGCUCAACAGGCCCAGCAAGCCCAGCAGGCUCAGAGGCAGAACCAGAGGACCCAGCACCAGCACCGAGCCCCAUCCAGGAGCUCCGUGGUGGGGGAGGCUGAGCAGGUCAGGGCCUACCUUGGAGGUCUGGAUCCCCGGGAGGAGCCUCCAUCCUCCGGAGCCCCAUGGGAGUGCCCUGACUGUGGGAAACUGUUCCGGAGCCUGCAGCAGGUGGUGGUGCAUGCCCGCGUCCACGUCCAGCGGCCCCAUAAGAACCACGGUCACCCUCCACGCCACGCCGGAGGAGGAGAGGAGGAUGGAGGGGGGAGCCGGAGUGGGAUGGGUGAGCCGGCGGGGAGUGCGGGAGAGACACGUAGGGGAGGAGGAGGGGGGAGGGGCUAGGCGGGGGGAGGGGAAGGAAGGGAGGGUAGUAUUAACGAGGGAGGAACGCCAGGAGUCCAAACUUCAAAUAUGGUCCUCAAGCACUCAGUCAGCAGCCGGAGGAGGGUUCCACUCAGUGAUGGCACAGGUCCAAGGUACAGUGACAUGGCAUCACCUCCCAAACAAACGUCCCCAACAUGUCUCCCGUUUGUUUUACAUUUUUAUUAGAGAGAAUAAGGACACAAAUAAAAAGCUUGUAGAAAGAGUGGGAGAGUAGCAGAGUGGUGAUGAGUAUGCAAUGGUAGCAAGGCAAGAGUGACUACGAGAAAUGGAAAGGGCGCACAGUGGUCACAAGGGGAAAGAGCGGAUGAUCACCGGGAGGAGGCUCACACGCCUCGGAGUCAACGCCCAUAGCGGAUAGAGCGCGCUCGCUCGACGCGCGCUCGCGCGAGCGCGUGGUAGUCGAUGCCAGACUAGCGCGCUUCAGCUCGCGAGCGCGCUCGCUCGCGUAGUCUCUCCCGUCUCCGAGUCCGCUCUGCGAGCGUCGCGCUGUCGCGAGCCCUAUAGCUUGCGCCCGCCCUCGGGCUCGGCGCGCACCCUCGCCGGAUGCUCUGCGCGCGCGCGCGAGAGCGCUGGCUCGUCGCCCAAUCCCACACGACACCCCCCCGCCCCCAGAGUACCGCAGUCCCCCUCACCCCCCCGCCCCUGCCGCCCCGCGAGUCGAAGCGCUCGCUCUGCGCUCGCUCUCUCGCGCAUCGCGAGCUCCGCUCUCUCGUACUGAGCGAACACUCCCCCCCCCCCCCUCACAACACCCAAACACCCCCCCCCCCCCCACCCCCCCCCACCCCCCCCCGCCCCCCAUCCCACCCCCCCGCCCCCCAACCCCCCCACCCCCCCCCCCACCCCCACCCCCACCCCACCCCCCACCACCCCCCUCCCCUCUCUCUCUUCUCUCUCUCUCUCUCUUCUUCUCUUCUCUCUCUCUCUCUCUCUCUCUCUCUCUCUCUCUCUCUCUCUCUCUCUCUCCCUCUCUCUCUCUCUCUCUCUCUCUCUCUCUCGCUCUCUCUCUCUCUCUCUCGCUACCCCUUCCUCUCUCUCUAGGAGAGAACGGUCUAUCUGGGUCUUCUUCAGGUUCGUCCGUGACUUCUAGGGAGCGUGUGCGAGGCACAGGGGUGAAAGACUGCCCCUAUUGCGGUAAAGCUUUCCGCUCGUCCCAUCACCUUAAAGUGCAUCUGAGAGUUCACACAGGUGAGCCUGCCACUAGUCCCCCCCCCCCCCCCCUCCCCAACUCCCAACACACCUAUCAAUGGUUGGAUCCCAAAUCGACCCCUAGCCCCUAAAUCCUACAGCCUAGGGUUUAGGACACUUCUGCUGUAUCUAUACAACCUAGGGCAUAUGCACUCCUGCAGCUCUGAGAUGAUUGGCUAAGAUACAGUAUUAGUGCAUAGUAAUACAGUAUAUAUACAAAAGUAUGCGGACACCCCUACAAAUUAGUGGAUUCGGCUAUUUCAGCCAAACCCGUUGCUGACAGGUGUAUAAAAUCGAGCACGCAACCAUGUAAUCUCUAUAGACAAAUAUUGGCAGUAGAAUGGCCUUACUGAAGAGCUCAGUGACUUUCAAAGUGGCACUGUCAUAGGAUGCCAUCGUCAAAUUUCUGCCCUGCUAGAGCUGCCCCGGUCAACUGUAAGUGCUGUUAUUGUGAAGUGGAAACAUCUAGGAGCAACAACGACUCAGCCGCGAAGUGGUAGGCCACACAAGCUCACAGAAUGGACUGCCGAGUGCUGAAGCGCAUAGUGCGUAAAAAUCGUCUGUCCUCGGUUGCAACACUCACUACCGAGUUCCAAACUGCCUCUGGAAGCAACGUCAGCACAAUAACUGUUCGUCGGGAGCUUCAUGAAAUGGGUUUCCAUUGCCGAGCAGCCACACACAAGCCUAAGAUCACCAUGCGCAAUGGCAAGCAUCGGCUGGAGUGGUGUAAAGCUCGCCGCCAUUGGACUCUGGAGCAGUGGAAACGCAUUCUCUGGAGUGAUGAAUCACGCUUUCCUAUUUUAGCAUGACAAUGCCCCCGUGCACAAAGCGAGGUCCAUACAGAAAUGGUUUGUCGAGAUCGGUGUGGAAGAACUUGACUGGCCUGCACAGAGCCCUCACCUCAACCCCAUCGAACACCUUUGGGAUGAAUUGGAACGCCGACUGCAAGCCAGGCCUAAUCGCCCAACAUCAGUACCCGACCUCACUAAUGCUCGUGGCUGAAUGGAAGCAAAUCCCCACAGCAAUGUUCCAACAUCUAGUGGAAAGCCUUCCCAGAAGAGUGGAGGCUGUUAUAGCAGCGAAGGGGGGACCAACUCCAUAUUAAUGCCCAUUUUAAAUGACGAGCAGGUUUCCACAUACUUUUGGUCAUGUAGUGUAGCUUCAUCUCACUUUGUGAUCGGCUGUGUGAAAAUGUCGCCAUAUUGCUUCCACCUGUCCAAUGAGAUCUCAGAGUGGCUAGGAAGUAGAGGCUAGAGGUCCAUUUGAAAUUCAGCAAAUAAUCACUAACAAUACAAUUACUCUAGAACACUAAACCUUAAGUACAUGCACACUUACCACAUUUACAUGUGCCAUUCAUUAAAUUAAUGUGUUCUCAAGUGUUUCUGAUUCCUAGAUAUGACCCUCUCCUCUGUCUGUUGUAAUUAAUUAGGUGAAUCAUUAUACUUAAGUAAAUUGCUACUAGCAAUGAUCACUUUCAACACCUCCAUCUGAGGCUGAUGGGGUUUUAAAUGUAAUGUCCUCCUUAUCAAUCAGGGUUUUAGAUUGUGAUGGACUACUGCCAUCUGUGGUUUGUUAUGUGAUACUACAAACUCAUAUAAUACUUUAACCCUAUAGUUUCCCCUCAUGUAGUCUAUAGCAGAAAUCCGGGAAUCAACGUCCAUAUAAUAAAAUAAAAUAAAAUCUCUGUGGUCAGAAACAGACUAGCUAUAGGGCAGUUUGGCCAAAUGCCAGAUGGGCUGGUCCAUAUCUAAUCCAGUGGUCCUGUCUAAAUUGUUAGUUUUUUAGUGCAGAAUUAGAAUUAUACAAAUGUUUCUCUCCAUGUAUAGUAUAGUAUAGUAUAGCAUAGUGUAGUGUAGUGUAGUGUAGUGUAGUGUAGUGUAGUGUAGUGUAGUGUAGUAUAGUAUAGUAUAGUAUAGUAUAGGGUAGUGUAACAUCUACUUAUAUUCCUUCAUUAUAAUAUGCCCUUGAUAACCACAACUUGUUCAUGUACCUCUUUCAGGGGAGAGACCUUAUAAAUGUCCUCACUGUGACUACGCGGGCACCCAGUCAGGCUCUCUAAAGUACCAUCUCCAGAGGCACCACAGAGAACAGAGGAAUGCCAUGGGGGCCUCUUCAUCCACCGCCUCCUCCCCCGGCCUCAACUCCGCCUCUCUGGGAGGUGGUGGAGGAGCUCCACGAGGGGAGGGGAGGGAGGGGAUGGCCAAACAGCGCCGGCCCCAGAGCUUCACCCAUGGCUCAGCCGCCAGAGGCCCGGCAGAGACCCCUUCCUCCAGGCACAACCAGCACCAGCCCUGGAUCCUGGGCCUCCCUGAGCAGAGAGACAGGGACCAUGGGAAGGCCAUGGGAGGACUGAGGGAGGCAGAUCUGGAGAGCCAGUACCGGUACCUUUCCGGGGUGAUGGGGGCGCUGUACCAGGGAGGGAUGGAGGGAGGGUGGACGGGGGAGUCCCCUACCUCCACCCCCACCCCGCCCCCGCCGAAGGCACCCAAAGUGUCCCGCCGCAAACCACUCACCACCAGCCGCAUGGUGCCAGCUAACGGGAGGGAGCGGAUUGGAGAGGGAUCAGCUCCUCUUGGCACCCAGGAGGGAGGCUUGUUGUCCCAGCCCCUGGAUCUCUCCCGCCGCCCCUCCCCUGGGCUCGGAGGUCUGGAGGAGGAUGGAGUACCGGGUGGUGGAGGAGGAGGAGGAGGAGGAGGAGCAGGGGUCACCCUAAACCAGUGCCUGUUCUGUCCCUUCCGCACCUGCUCAGCCGAGCUGAUGGCCAUGCACCUCCAGGUCAACCACACCAGCAAGUCCAGGCGUAAGAGGGGGGCCUCCAACCCCAGCUCCCUGGGGGACCACGGGCCCCAGAGGCCACCCCAACCCCGGGCUGACCCAGAACCUCUGGGCCUGUGGAGGUAAGAGAUGCAUAUUUAAAUGUUAUAUUUACAUAUUCGUAAUUUAGUAGAGGCUCUUGCCCAGAACUACUUAUAGUCAGUGCAUUCAAUUACGUUUAGUAGGAAAAAACAAUAACAUAUUACAGUCAUUGCAAGUAGACUCUUCUGCUUAUGAUGUUCCUAUCCUAUCCUAGGUACCUGAGCGAGAGUGAAGACAGGGCCCCCCUGGAGGAAUGGGCCUCAUCCAGGGUGGAGAGAGAGAGGGGGAUGGAGAACGGCCUCACCCCAGAGGAAGUGGACCUAGAGGGCAGCUACAACCUCCACCACCCCCUGCAGGCUUCUAACCGGGCCUCCACCACACCCAGGAACACAAGGAGUGGCCUCGCUGGCCUGGGGCAGGAAGGCAAGAUGGAGGAGGAUGGGGAAGAGGAGGAAGAAGAGGAGGGAGAAGAGGAGGAUUUGGAAGGGGAGAUCAGUAGUCCAGGGGAUUCCCCUAUAGAACAUGGGAUGAGGAUGUCUCUCUCCAUGUCACCUGCCCUCGGCUCUGACCGUCUAACACGAGAGGAGGAAGCAGUGAUGGGGGAA